AUGACUAACGUUUUCAGCGUUCAAAUUUUCUUUAUUGUGUUUAGAGAAGCUUUAGAAGCAAUUAUUGUUGUUUCUGUUCUUUUAGCCUUUUUAAAACAAGGUUUAGGAGGUUCAGCUCAAGAUCCUGCUAUUUAUAAGAAAUUAUUACGUCAAGUUUGGCUAGGGGCGAUUCUAGGAGUCGUUUUAUGUCUUAUUCUUGGUGCUGCUUUUAUUGGUGCUUUCUAUUCUUUAGGUAAUGAUAUUUGGGCAAAUUCAGAAGAUUUAUGGGAAGGUAUUUUCUGUAUCAUUGCAACUGUUUUAAUUACAUUUAUGGGUUUAGCUAUGUUAAGAAUUAAUAAAAUGAAAGAAAAAUGGAGAAUUAAAUUAGCUAAAGCUUUAACUAAAACUCCAGCCAACAAGAAAGAUCGUUUCAAAAUUGGUUAUUUAACUAAAAAAUAUGCUAUGUUUAUUUUACCUUUCAUCACCACUUUAAGAGAAGGUUUAGAAGCUGUCGUUUUCGUUGGUGGUGUUGGUUUAAAUUCUCCAGCUAGUGCUUUCCCAAUUCCUGUUAUUUGUGGUAUAAUUGCUGGUAUCAGUGUUGGUGCCAUUCUUUAUUAUUCAGGUUCUACUGUUUCUUUACAAAUCUUUUUAAUUGUUUCAACUGCUAUUUUAUACCUUCUUGCUGCCGGUUUAUUCUCCAGAGGGGUUUGGGGUUUUGAAAUGCAUUUACUUAACGUUCAAACUGGUGGUGAUGCCGCUUCACUUGGUUCUGGUCCAGGUACUUAUGAUAUUUCAAAAUCUGUUUGGCAUGUUAACUGUUGUAAUCCAGAAAUUGAUAAUGGUUGGGAUGUCUUCAAUUCUUUAUUAGGUUGGGAAAAUUCUGCCACUUAUGGUUCAGUUAUUUCUUAUAAUAUGUAUUGGGCAUUCAUUAUUACUACUAUCUUAUUAAUGCUUUAUGAAGAAAAACAUGGUCAUUUACCUUUCUUAAAGGGUGUUACCUUCAGAUCAUUGAAUCCAAUGUAUCAUAUCAAGGGUAAGAAGAAGAAUGAAUUAACUAAAGAAGAACAAGAAGAAUUAUUUGAGAAACUUAAAGCUGCUAGAAUUGGUGAAGAUGAUUUUGAAGAAGAUGGUAUUGAAGUUGAAAGUUCUUCAUUGGUCCAUGAAGAAGGUAUCGAGCUUGAUAAAGUUCAAAGAAAUGAUAUACAUGUAAUUUAA